AUGAUCACAGAUCACAAAUCUCUGCGCACGAUCAACAACAAGGUGGAACAACCAGCUCGGAUACUGCGUUUUCUCGAUGCUAUCAAGCACUACCAGAUCCGAAUCCUCUAUCGACCUAGUAAGGCACACGUACUAGCCUAUUACCUCUCCAAGCCGCCAGAAGAGAUGAUAUUUCCAACAAAAGAGGUCAUUGAUCUGACCAAUCCCCAACAAAAGGAUCCCGAGAUUCGUGAGAUCCAGCAGCCACACCAGCUGAAUUCACUGGAUUUACAAGCCAUCUACGAAUAUCUGACACUCGACGAGAAGCUGCCAGAGGGACUCGAGCCAGGAUGA